CCUGCUUAAGUGUAGUUUGGUUGUUGGGAAAAUCUAAGAACAGUUCUGCUGCUCUCUUCAACUUGUCCCUGAGCCGAUCAUUGCGCAUGAGUUCACCGGACAAAUAAUAAUAUUGUAUUGACGUCCCUUAAAGCAUAAAAGGGAUUGACUUUUCUAAACCCCAUUAAGCCACUAGUGUCUAAACUGGGAUUCAACCCUCUCAAAGGAGGAUUUCAUUGAUCAACUUUUGAAUUUAAAUCUUUGGGCAUGUUGUCUAGCCGCCUGUGUUUUUUCUAUGGAGUAUGGUGCAUUUGAAGAGAAGGUGAGACGAACAGUUUACAUCGACAACCUUUCACCAAAUGUGACUGAAGCUGUCUUGAGAACCGCAAUUGAUCAAUUUGGUACAGUCAAAAGUAUUCAGUUCAUUCCAAACUACUUAGGACCAAACAACCUCCCACAAUGUGCUUUGGUGGAGAUGAAAGAAGAUAAGGAAGCUAAAGCUGUGAUAUCUGUAAUGACUCAAUUCCCUUUCAUGAUGUCUGGGAUGCCAAGGCCAGUUAGAGCACGAGCUGCUGAAAUGGAGAUGUUUGAUGAUCGUCCAAAAAAGCCUGGUAAAGAGAUGCAGCUCCGUUGGUUGAAUCCCAAUGACCCUGAUUUUCAGGUUGCAAACAAGCUGAAGUAUCUUGUGCAAAACCAUACUGCUGAAUCUGCUGUCAUGCUCAAGAAACAACUGAUUGAAGAGGAAGAGCUUUCUAAGAAGCAAGGAGAGGCUCUUAAAGCAAAUUAUAAGAAGUAUGAGAUGCUUGAUGGUGUAAUAGGUGAUGAGACUGCCCUUCAGCUGGCACGGCAUUAUAGAAAAAAAUAGGAAGUUUUCUUUUCCUUUCUAGUUUUGUGAACAAUAAAUGAAAUUUUGUACGGCUUUUCUACACUAAUGCUUGGAGAUUGGUCUCCUGAUUGAAUGUAAGUGUUUCAUUGUGUAAUUUACAAACAACAGAUUUUUGAGAAUUUGAGAAUUUGAGAAU